CAAUCAAUAACCCAAUCCAAACCAAAGGAAGGCAGGCCAGAAACGAAAAUGGCAUUCUCAGCAAAUCCCUUGGCCCUGAGCGUCCCCGACCAAACCUUCGAAACCUGGCUUCGCGACAGCGGCUAUUUAUCCAUUCUCGACCAACGUACCACCGACCUCCACCGCAUCUCCACCUCCACCUCCACCUCCACCUCCACCCCCACCACCACACCCAACCCCAGCCCUCCCAUCACCACCACCACUUUCUUCCUCAACCAAAUCGGAACCUUAAUCUCCCUUUUCACGAUAAACCCGUUUUCAAAACUCACCAAUGAUGACUUUUCCGGCGACACUCCGCCGUGGACUUCAGGGUUCAUCGGUUACUCCGAUUCUUAUUCUUUUCCUUCUUCUCGCGCACAAGCUCGGAUGAGAGUUACAGAGAAUAAUAAAAGAUAUUGCCGGAAUUAUGCUACUUUGUUUAUUCUAUUCUUCGCUUGUUCUCUGUAUCAGAUACCUAUUGCCCUUGUUGGUUUAGUAUCUAGUUUAGCACUUUGGGAUUUGUUUGCGCAUUGUGGAAACCGUUGGGGGCUGGACGCUUAUCCGGUAGCUCGUGAAUGCCUGCUCCGUUUAUUGCAAUGCGCCACCGCAGUUAUAUUAUUUGUGUGCAAUGUUCAAUUGGCAGUUAUAUAUGCUCUUGGAGUUAGUUAUGCAGUGAUGAUGUUGCAUGCUUCAUUCCGGAAGCUGACUCCUGUCAAGCAAGCUACAAAAGGGAAACAGAGAUAGAAAAAUUGUGAAGAAGGUAUUCUAUCGAACCAGACCGGAUGCUUUUUUGAUUUAGUUAGGAGUGAACCAUUGGUUUGCAUAUGUAACGUCAGGUCCCAUUGUUCUGCUCAUGUAAUAAUAGUUGAUUAACUUGUGUUCACCAAAUAGAUUAGCCAAUAUUUUGUUAUUUCAAAAAAAACUUUAGUUCAAAGGUAACUUAUCGUAACUUUGUAUAAAAUGUACAAGUUUGAGAAUUACGAGUAUUUCAUAUCAUGACACAUUACAUGUA